UGAGUGUUGAGAGGGCUUCAAUUGAAUUGCAAUAGGUUUCUUGCUGAAAACAUUAGCGCCGAGGUAAAUAUAUCGCCGAAACAACGAACUACGUUCAGAACGAUAGUAUUACGCGUAACGUAUACAGGCUUGUUCCUGAUUACGUAUAAUAUAAUUGUAACAAAAAUAGGGAAUAUUUGUGUAACAAAAUAACGACGUCCGUGAAGAUUGGCCAUCUUGGAAAGAUAUGUCGUAUCUGUUAAAACGUCAACAAUAUAGUGUAUAUUAUUCGAUACAUGCCGCCAGCUUGCUUUAACUACGGUUGACUACACAUCUAAUCAUCGGAAGUAAAGGCGACACGGUGGCGUAUUUGACACGCGGACGUAAUCGUACAGAAAGCACAGCUUUGUCAAAUGAUGAAUCGCACUGACGGAUUGGUACAACGACGACGUGUGGUUAAUAGCAGUAGUGGUAGUGGUGUAGGCCAGGAUGGUUCAAACGAUAUUGGCCAUAAUGAUAAACUAUCUGGCCAUGGCAUGGAUUCAGACUGUAGCAUGCAAAAAGAUCUUAAUUCAAAUCCCAAGAUUGACGACGAUUCUGAUAAGGAAACAAGAUUGACACUCAUGGAGGAAGUUUUAUUGCUUGGUCUUAAAGACAAAGAGGGUUACACAUCAUUUUGGAAUGAUUGCAUAAGUUCUGGUUUACGUGGUUGUAUCUUGGCAGAACUUGGAUUCCGUGGUCGUGUAGAAUUAGAGAAAGCUGGUAUGCGCAAAAAGGGGCUAUUAGUAAGGAAACUUCUAUUGAAAAAUGAUGCUCCAACAGGAGACGUUUUGUUAGACGAAGCUCUAAAACACUUGAAAGAAACUGAACCACCUGAAACUGUUCCUAGUUGGAUUGAAUAUCUCAGUGGAGAGACAUGGAACCCAUUGAAAUUAAGAUAUCAGUUGAAGAAUGUUAGAGAAAGAUUAGCUAAAAAUCUUGUUGAAAAAGGAGUUCUAACAACUGAAAAACAGAAUUUCUUACUUUUUGAUAUGACAACUCAUCCUCUUACUGAUAAUCUUGCUAAAAGCAGACUUGUAAAAAAGAUUCAAGAAGCUGUAUUGAGCCGUUGGGUCAAUGAUGCAGGUCGUAUGGAUAGGCGAACACUAGCUUUAGUCAUUUUAGCUCAUGCAGCUGAUGUAUUAGAAAAUGCGUUUGCACCUCUCUCAGAUGACGAUUAUGAAGUAGGGAUGCGACGAGUGCGGACAUUACUGGAUCUUGAUUUUGAAGCAGAAGCUGCUAAACCUAAUGCUAAUCCAGUCCUUUGGGCAGUAUUUGCUACAUUCACUAAGUAACAGUCCUUUCACAAUUUACAAGUGUAUAAAGCAAAUACUGGGUACUAGCAUGAAUACUUGGGACUAUCAAUUUUAUAUGAAUUUUAGUUGCAAUCUGAAACAAAAUAGCUGCAAUCAUUGUUAAUGAUCAUACAAUUCAGACCAAAUAUCUUAAACCCGACUGUGUAAAACAGGCUUAGAAUAUUAGUCAUUUCCAUUAUUGUUAUUUAAUACAUUUGGUAGUUGAAUUACGAAUGUUCAUAUUUAAAUAUUACCACAAAAAGAAAAAAAAACAAAAUUUAUGGUGUGAAUGAGUACUUUGCGUGUGGGGUACUACUGUGUCAGCUCAGGAACGAAAGAUUGCACUGUACUGAGUUCUGUCCCAUAUCUUCUCAGUGUCUGUGUCUGCACAUGGACUGCAAAUAUGUUUAUAGACGCGAUAAUUAUGUGGUCGACACUUAAUGUCGGAUCAAGUGCCACAUUUCUGCUAGUUGUCUGAAUGUUAAAGCGAUGAAAGUAAUUCUUUGCAC